UAAGGUGAUCUGUUAUAUAGUGGCUUGUGUUGUGUUUCUUUGGAGAUGCUGCUGGUUUGUUCAGAGGGUCCCUGGUGGAAUGGAAGCCCCUCUGGGGUGCUAUUUCGCAAUCUCGGGCUCUCGCUAUUGGUCAGUAUGUGAUCAUAUGCUGCAAUUUCCUUCUGUCCCUCACUGGCACCCGGCCAUCCCCCUUCAGCUAAAACCCAAUCUCCGAUAAACUACUAAUAGCUAAACCACUUGGACUAUAAAACACAACAAAUCAUAAAGCCAGGAAGCGCCGCUGCCUCCUCCCAAUGAGUUCCUAUUUUGUCAACUCCACUUUCCCGGUAACUCUGCCUGGUGGGCAGGAACCCUUCCUGGGUCAGAUACCGCUAUAUUCUUCAGGCUAUGCGGAUCCUUUAAGACACUAUCCUGCAGGCUACGGGGCCACUGGAGUCCAGGACAAGGGCUAUGCUUCCUCUCCAUAUUACCAGCAGGCUAAUGGGGCAUACAGCCGGACAGCAGCUUGUGACUAUGGCGCAGCUGGAUUCUAUAGGGACAAGGAGCCUUCCUGCGCCCUGUCCUCUAUAGAUGAUCAGUCCCAGUAUAACCAGGAGCAGCGCAAGCCGGACUGUGCGCACAGCAAGAUGCUGUAUGACGACCAAGACGACGCUAAGUGCUCCACGCCGGUUUACCCCUGGAUGCAAAGGAUGAACUCGUGUAACAGUUCAGUGUUCGGGCCCAGUGGGAGGAGAGGCAGACAGACCUACACCAGAUACCAGACCCUGGAACUGGAGAAAGAAUUUCAUUUUAACCGCUACCUGACCCGACGGCGCAGAAUAGAAAUAGCGCACUCCCUGUGUCUGACUGAGCGUCAAAUCAAGAUCUGGUUCCAAAACAGGAGGAUGAAGUGGAAAAAGGAGAGUAAACUUCUCAACUCCUCAGUGCAGAGUGCAGGGGAGGAAGAAAAAGCCGCCGAGUGACAGCUACACCCUGUUCCACAAUCCCUGUAUCUUGAAUAAAUUAUUGCAGCACAAAAGACUGGUAAAGAAAGAAACUAGUAACACAGAUCUUCUGUCUUAUCUACUACCUAUGAAUGACGGCAGUCCGCAACAGUGACAUUUACAUUAUAUAUAUAUACAUAUAUAUAUAUAUAUAUAUAUAUAUAUAUAUAUAUAUAUACAUAUAAUGUGCGUGUGUGUAAUAUAUGCAUACUUUCUCGAGUCGCCUUGUUUAGGAGUGUCUUAUGCACGGUUGGCAUAUUGAGUGUUCUGUCUGUUCUUUUUUUCUUUCAUAUCUACUGAAAGUAGAAGAAAUUUGCUGCCUAGAUUCAAAUCGUGAAAUGCUAUAUUUUAUUAUUUUUAUGUCGUUGGUUUGUGAUUUUUACUUGUAGUUUUUAUGAGUAAUGGUCUAAUAUGCUAUGAAAUUAUUUUAUUAAUGUAUUAUGUUGGAUAAUAAUAUUCAAUUGAACUGAACAAUAUCUCAUGCAUACUGGCAUCCAUACAUUGUUACUACUGCACUGUUAUACUGGAAGCACAGAUAGUUUGGUGUCUGUAUUUUUUAGCACAUGGCCCCUGGGAAUCCAGACUGACCAAACAUCCGUUAUCAUUAAAACAUUGGCUGUCUUCCUGUACAUUCCCAACAUUAAAAAUAAGAGGUAUCAUAAAUAGAAAAAAUACACAUUCAUUUUACCAGCUCAGCAUCUGCACAUCUCACUAAUCCAAUUCUAUGAUGUUAAGGAUGCAGCUUGUUUGAGAUAUUUCAUUAAAUGUUUUGCUGAAAUUAAACCUAUUUUGUCUGUAUAUGUGGGACUGGGAAAUAAUAAAUGCUUUUAUGUGUUUUUGAGGGGUUUUUAUCCUGCAUUUAUUCACUAUUAUUUUGCGGUAGUAUUAUAAAUCAUUUAUAGGUGCAGAUCACAUUACUUAUUAAAUCUCCGCUAGAAAAUCACUGUCA